AUGUGUGGCUUUGGAGCAAAUACAUUAAUAAAAGCAGGGUAUAGUGUGAAUGAGAGGACUCAGGGAAGAUCAGCAUUGCUGCUGACGGAUUCUUCAUUUAUGAAGAAGGAUGAAGUCGAUAGCCAGUGGGAUACCAUUUUCAACAAUGCAAAGGAAAAUCGAAGUGCCACCACAGAAUUCAUCCUGCUUGGGUUUGGAAACCUCCAUGAACUGCAGCUCCUACCCUUUGUGACAGUUUUAUUUAUCUACAUGAUCGCUAUCUCUGGGAACAUGCUUGUUCUCAUCAUUGUAUUGGCUGAUCGCAGCCUUCACACCCCCAUGUACUUUUUCCUGGGCAACUUAUCCAUCUUGGAGAUCUGCUACAUCUCAACCAUUGUCCCUAAGAUGCUGAGAACCUUCCUGACAGAGCAUGAAGUGAUUUCACUCAUGGGCUGUAUCACACAAUUGUAUGUGUUUGGUUCCCUGGGUAUUUCUGAGUGUUUGCUCUUAUCAGUCAUGUCCUUUGACUGGUAUUUAGCCAUCUGCCAUCCGCUAAAUUAUUCAGCAAUAAUGAACUUCAAGGCUUGCCUUCUGCUAGCAGCUGGUUCUUGGGCAACUGGCUUUAUGGUUCCUGUGAUAAGCAUAGUUAUGGUAUUCAGGUUGCCUUUCUUUAUUUCCAAUGUGAUAGACCAUUUCUUCUGCGAUUUAAUGCCUCUGCUAAAACUGUUGUGCACCGGUGCUUAUAAGAUUGAGGUUGUAACUUUUACCUUUGCUGCCUGUGUGGUUGUGGUUCCAUGUUUACUAACCCUGGUUUCCUACUACAGGAUCAUAUUGACUAUCUCUAGGAUCCCUUCCACCACAGGAAAAAAAAAAGCCUUCUCCACCUGCUCCUCACACCUCCUUAUUGUUAGCAUUUUCUAUGGGGCCCUCAUUAUUAUCUACGGUUUUCCAAUAGGAAAUCAGUCACCUGGUCUAAACAAAGUCUUCUCCGUGCUCUACACUGUCCUGACUCCCACAGUCAACCCCCUCAUAUACAGUCUGAGAAACAAGGAGGUCAAGGAUGCCCUGAGAAGGAUUGCAAUGAAGGCAAUCGCUUUCAGAAGUUAA